AUGCCCACUGCCCACGCCCCGCGCAAGAAGGCGUGCCAGGCCCUUCAAGCGGACCUACACACGCCAUGCAGCAAGACAUUCCGCGGCUGGGGCCGGUUCUGCCCACCCCAUCUUGAGGAGCACGCGCGGCUGAGCGGCGCAUACAAGGACGCCGCGGCGCGCGCAGAGCGCCUCCGCCGCCACGGCGAGCUGGGCGAGAAGCAACUCCGCGCGCUGCUCGGCGCCCCCGCCGUCGACCGCGCUCUGCAGAAGGCCCGCCAGUACGCGGCGGCACUCGACGAGGAGGCCGCCACCCGCGCAGCGCACGCCGCACGCUUCCCCACCACGUCCCCUGGCACGGGCGUGCCCCCGACGGCCAUGCGCAGGUCGGGGAGCACGGGGAGCGGGGUCACUCUGGGGGGUCGGGCGGGAUCGCCUACGGCCAUGCACGUGGAUGAGGACAAGCACGAAGACCGAAUGCGGGAGAUCAGGGAGAAGAAGGAGGCUUGCGACGCGCUCGUUGUGCAACUGCAGAAGAAGCGAGAGGAGGUCCUUUCGGAGGCUCAGCAGAGGCGGGAGAGGUACGGAGGCCGAGACGAUGAUCCCGAACGGCAACCUCUGCUGGAGAGGCGGCGGGCGGCAGCCCGGGCGCGCACGCGGCAGUGGGUGUGUAUCGCGUUCUUCGUGGUCCUGCUUGUGGUGGUGUCCAUGAUUAUCGCAUGUCUUCUGAUAACGCAACUUGACACGACUCCACGCGCCCACGUUUGA